AUCCCUUCAUGUCAUGUAUAUCCACAAAGCUAUGCCACCUUUCUCUGCCCAUCCAAGAUAGUUUAUAAAUACUAAACGGGUGUUAUCACGUUUCUGUCAAAUCCAUUUCAUUUUGAUUUUUCUUCUCUGGAUUUAUCAAUGAAGGCUUUAUGUUUGUUUACUCAGGACGUGUCCAUGUCUUUGAAAUGCAUGUCUGGUCUGUAUCGAUUUAGCCUCACGCACGCUCUCUGUUUCGUAUCUUUGGUACUCAGAAGAAAGAAGACGAAAGUCAAAUCCAUGAGACGGGAAGAGGAAGCAGAUGUGUUUGGUGGGGUUAUGAGGUCAAUACAUCUUCAGAUGAUUGUAUCGCUGCCAUUAACUCCUACUCUCACCAGCCCUGUUUUGGGUUUUGACAUUGUUCCACGUCUGGUGAAGGUUCUUGGCUAUGGAAGAGAGAGGAAGGUGAUUCUAGAAGCUCCCUUUCAUGAUAAAGACUGUGUUUUGGGCAACAUUUUGGCUGCGCAUUACCUUAGCUCUUCUGAUUUCGCCAGAGCCAAAUCCUAUGCUCGAGCUGCAGAAUCCAAUCUUGGGAAAGCCACACCGUAUGAGAAAGCAGUUUUCGAAGCUCUUAGUUACUUGAUCUCUGAGAAUAUGGACGACGAUGUGGCUUUGGUGUUACACUCUAAGCUCUUGGAGAGGUUUCCCAAAGAUUUGCUGUCUUGGAAGAGAGUAGAGAUUCUGUGUUUCUACAUGGGUCGACCUGAUCUCUCUUUGCCUCUUUUGCAGAAGAUUAUACGGAAGAAUCAAGAGCAAGACUAUGUUUAUGGUAUGCUUGCAUUCCCCUUACUGGAGCUUGGACAAUUGGCGGAAGCUGAGAUAGCUGCUAGGAAAGGCUAUGAGAUCAACAAGAACGACUCUUGGGCUCAUCACUGCGUAUGUUUUUACUACUAUCCACUGUAUUCGCAUAACUGGUGGCAUGUAGCUGUUUGUUACUUGGAAGGAGGUUCUCCUUUGAGUAAGGUACAAGAAAUAUAUGAUCAUCAGAUGUGUAAAGAACUGGAGAAAGACGAUGCUGUGGCUGCAGACGUUUAUAUGGAUGCUCUAGGUUUGUUGUUGCGCUUGGACACACGCGAUAAGCUAGAUGGCUUUUUAGACAGACUAGAGAUGUUGGCAGACUGCUUGACUGAUCAAGCGAUGUGGUAUCAGGAAUGGCUUUUUGAUAUUACAACAAUCUGGGCAUUGAGUAAAGUUGGAAACACUUCACGAGCACAUGUAUUGCUCGAGGGACUCAAGUACCGAACAUCUCAUAUGAGCAAGAAGAAACAACAGCUGAUGAAGAAAGCGAUUCUGCUUGCUGAAGCUGUUUGUGAAUACGGAAAAGGCAACUACAAACAAGCUCUAGAGCUGCUCGGUCCAGACUUUGACGCAGCUGAUUAUAAGAUGAUUGGAGCAUCGGAUUUACAGAUAGAUGUUUUUAACGAAAUAUGGUACAAAUUGCUUUUACUCACCGGCCAAUCUUCAAGUGCGAUUGAAGUAUUGGAGAGGAGGAUAAAGGAGAGAGAUGGUGCUCCUUUCUUGUGGCGUUUGCUGGAGAAGAGUUACGCUAUGGAAGGCAAGUCAGACGCUGUUGUAAUUACUGCAGGUGAUAAAGCGAAGGCGCUGGAAUCUUCAUAUUUCAAGAUUCCUUGAUUAUAUACGGCAAAACGUCCAAAACGGCAUCGUCAUGUUAUCUUCUAGACAUGCUGUUGCGCCUUGUUGAAUAAGUUUGAAUCGUUAUGGUCAAUGUAAAAGUUGACUUUGACAUUCUAUGUAAAUUUGCGGUUUGACCCCAAGAAUGAUGGACAUUCUCGUAAGAUCAUCUCUUUUAUCUGUCCAUAUAUGUAAAUAUUGUUACAAGAAUUUAUCAAAUGACCGUUUAUGUUAAUGGAUCUUGAAGCUGUGGAUAUAGAAAUUAAUUUCUGCUCGAUUGCAACAUGGGAACAUACCUAUAUU